AUGCAAGUAUCCUCACCAUCUGAAACAGCUGAUAAGUUAGAAGAACAUAGAAAAGAACUCAAUAGACAAAGGCAAAUAUGGUAUAGGAACAAAAGAAAAGCAAGUAAUACUAAUACUGUAUCAGAAGAAUUGCAACAUUUACUUGCCUCAGAAGUGCCAAUUGUUGUUAUUGAUUCUGUUGCAAGUUCCUUAACUUCUGAAUUAACUAACAUCCAAACUGAUCAAAGUGCAAAAUUUUGGAUGGCUGAAAAAGAUCACAAUAGCAACAGAACUUCUCCAAAAUUUGCACUCUGCUAUACCCAUGGCAAAGUGCAAUUACCACCUUUAACUGAACUGCCAGCAUAUUUACUGCAUCUAUAUACUUCAAAUGAAUCCCUUCCAAAUCAAUUUCACAAUAACAUUAGAGGUUAUAACAAUGCUUUAGCAUACACAUCAUUUGGUGCCAAUAUAGAUAAUCAAUUUCAAGGACAAGGCGUGUCUAAUUUUUGGAUUCAUGGCCAAGUCUACCAUCCUUCCGAAAUAGCUGUAAUUAUGGUUGGUGAUGGUUAUGAUGUAAAUCUGACAAAUCGAGACAUUCUUCUUAGAUUAUAUGACAGAGGUGAUGAUGGCUGGCAUGUAGACAUACCACUUACAGGAAAUAUAAGACAAAAAAGAGUAACAAUGAUGCAAUUUUACUCAUAUAGGCUACAAGUUAAAGAUGGAAAUUGGCUACAUAAUAACAAUAGUCUGCAAACAUCUGCUGAAGCUGAAGCUGAACCAAUUGACAAAAUAAAAAUGUACUUAGACGCAAGGUAUAUUUCAGUUUCUGAAAGUAUUUAUAGAAUUUUUCAUUAUAAGAUGCAUAGUCGAACUCUAUUGGUACAGAGACUGACAGUCCAUCUUCCAGAUUAUCAAUAUAUUACUUUUCAAGAUGGAAAGAACCUUCAACAUGUUUUAAAUCGUGCUAACAUGCAUAUGACUAUUCUGACAGCUUGGUUUCAAGAGAAUGUAGAAAACAUUGCAGCACGUAUAUAUACUUAUAUUGAUUUUUCUGUUUAUUAUACCUGGAAUGCAUUCUGCCAUAAGUGGAAACCUAGAAAAAAUGCAACAAUUAUGAUUGGAAGGCUUUACAUGGUACAAACUUCAGAAGAGAAAAGGUAUUAUCUUCGAACCUUACUUAUCUGUGUUAGAGGUGCAACUAGCUUUGAUGAUCUGAAAACUGUUAACGAACAUGUAUGUAGAAGUUUCAAAGAAGUUUGCAUUCGUCUUGGUCUUCUUCAAGAUGAUGCUGAAUGGAAUGCAUGUUUGUUUGAAGCAAGUGCUAUACAAACAGAACAACAAUUGAGACACCUUUUUGCAAUGAUACUUCUUUUUUGCCAACCAAUAGAGCCUAAAAUAUUGUAG